AUUCAACAAUGCCGGCAUCGCGCAUUACGAUUUAUUCUUUCCCGACGGUUCCUGUCCACCGAAGCAUAUACUAUUUAAAUUUCUUCAAAUCAGCCAAGAGUCCAAUGGAGCUAUAGCUGUACAUUGCAAGGACUGGAAACACAGAUGAAAAUGUAACGUAAAAGAUGGACGCUGAAGAAAAUUAAAAUGAGUGAUUUAAGUAUUCAAUUAUAGUUUUAUUAUAAUCAAAACAAUGACUGAAACAUCCACAACAAACAUGGUGUCAGGUGUGGGGUUCCUGCCACUUUUACCCAGUAUGGAUUUCAAAGGUAACCUUGCCGAAAAUUUCAAAAUGUAUCGUCAAAGGUUGGAGAUAUAUUUGUCUGCUAAUGGCCUUGAUGACGCCAAAGACAAAAGAAAAAUAUCAAUUCUGCUGAAUUUUAUUGGCGAAAACGGAAUCAAAAUCUACAAUUCUUUCAACUUAAACGCAUCUGAAUCACAUACUUUUGAACACGUGCUCAAAAAGUUUGAAGCGUACUUUGAACCAAAGAAAAGUCUAACUAUAGCAAGGAACGAGUUUUUUACUGUUACACAAGAUGAAGACAGGUUGGAGGAUUACUUUCAAAGAGUAAUAAAUCUCGGUAUUCAAUGCGAACUUGGAGAUCUCAGAGAAGGGUUGACAGUGGGAAAGAUAAUUUCAGGGUUAGACUCCAAAUAUAAUAAUCUCAAAACACGAUUAAUGUCGGAAGACGAUAGUAAAUUAACAUUAGAUUAUGUUAUGAAAUACUUACUGAGUGCCGAAACCUCUAGAAAAUAUAUAGAAGAAAAAACAAAUUCAAAGGACAGCGAUGAGUCCUCCAUCCUAUAUGUUAAUAAAAAAUCAAUAAGGAACUGUAGAAACUGUGGCACAUCUCACAAUAUAAAUAAAUGCCCAGCAUACGGCAAGGAGUGUCUGAAGUGCAAGAAACUUAACCAUUUUAGUAAAGUAUGCAGAUCAGCCAAGAAACCAAAUUUUUAUCAAAAGCAAGUCAAUGUCCUUGAGGAUCCAGAUAGGAACAAAGAGGAUGAAGCUGAAGGAGAUUUCUUUGUUGGUUAUGCAGGCAAUGAAAUAAUUCAAGAUUUUACAGUCAAUAACAUCAAAAUUCCCAUCAAAAUGGACACUGGAGCUGCAUGCAACGUGAUUGGGAGUGAAGUAUGUAAAUUAAUUAAUAUAAAAACCUCAGAAAUUUUGCCCUGUGACAAAAAGGUCAUUCAACUAGAUGGAAAAUGUGUACCAGUCAGGGGUACUUGUUGGUUGAAUAUUAUUCAUCCUAAUAGCAAAAAAUACACUGUUAAGUUCAUCAUAAUUGAAGGAAAUAUUCCUACUUUACUCGGGUGCAAAACAUGUUUAACUUAUAAUUUUAUUUCAGCAAACACUAACCUUGUUAACAUACAUAAUGUGACAGUUGGAAAAGACACAACAUUCAAUUUAAUAAAAAAAUUAAAAAAUGAUUUCAGUGAGCUCUUCAGUGGAGGUCUUGGUUGCAUUCCUGGCACAGUAAACAUUCAGCUAAGUAGUGAAGCAGUCCCUACAGUACAGGCUGCUAGACGUGUUCCAUUUGCAUUAAUGCCUGAACUGCGCCGAGAAUUAGAUCAUAUGGAAGCAAUAGGGGUUAUUGAAAAGGUAGAUAAGCCCACCAAAUGGGUAAAUAAUAUAGUGCCUGUUAGAAAAACGAAUGGUAAAUUACGAAUAUGCAUAGAUCCGAGAGCAUUGAACAAAUACAUUCUGCAGCCUAAAUAUCAAUUACCAACUCUAGAUGAAAUUAAAAGUAGAAUGAAAAAUGCCAAAGUAUUUGCACUACUGGAUGCGUCAAAUGGCUUCUGGAUGCUAAAUUUAAAUGAGGAAAGCUCGGAUCUAUGUACAUUUAUAACGCCAUUUGGGAGAUAUCGUUUUAAAAGAUUACCCUUUGGUAUUAGUUCAGCGCCUGAAGAAUUUAGCAGAAUAAUUAAUCAAAUGUUUGAAAAUGUUGAAGGAGUCAUUCCAUAUAUUGAUGAUAUUUGUGUGUAUGCCCAGUCAGUGGAAGAGUUAAACGAUAGGCUAAGAAAAGUGUUACAAAUUGCUCUAAAAAAUUGCCUUAAAUUAAAUGAAUCUAAAUGUAAAUUCUUUAUGUCUGAACUUCUCUUCGUAGGCCAUAAGUUCACAGAAAAAGGUGUGUCACCAGACCCUGGUAAAGUGCAGGCAGUAGUGAAAAUGGAACACCCUAAAUGUAAAAAAGAUUUGGAAAGAUUUUUGGGAAUGUGUAAUUAUUUAUCUCGUUUCAUUCCAAAUUAUUCUAAGUUAAUAGAACCUUUGCGUAUCCUAAUGAAAAAAGAUACUGUGUUUACUUGGGAUAGCAAUCAGGAACAUGCAGUUGAGAGAUUGAAAGAAGCUUUAUGUAAAAGUCCAUGCUUAGCUUUUUUUAAUACCAAUCAGGAAAUAGUGUUGUCUGUGGAUAGCUCAUCAACUGCAAUGGGGGCUGUAGUUCUUCAAAAUGGUAAACCAAUUGCAUAUGCAUCCCGAGCACUUACAUCCACAGAACAACGCUAUUGCCAGUUAGAAAAGGAGAUGCUGGCAAUUUAUUUUGGCUGCCAUAAAAUGCAUCAAUAUACUUACGGCCGCAAAGUACAUGUUGAAACAGAUCAUAGACCACUCGAGUCACUGUUUAAAAAACCUUUGUAUAAAGUGCCAGCAAGACUACAGAGAAUGAUGUUAGCUGUACAGGGUUAUAACUUGCAUGUUAAUUACAAACCGGGUAAAUUAUUAUUUAUUGCUGACACAUUAUCUCGUAGUUGCGCUGAUACAGUAGAGCCAAAAAUGAAACAACUGCACGACAAUAUAAUCUGUCAUGUUAAACUACAAAGAGAUUGUCUACCUAUAUCUAAUGUACAACUAAAAAGAAUACAAAUAGCUACUGCUUCUGAUGAAAUACUGAAAAUGGUCAUAACAUAUGUUAAACAAGGAUGGCCAAAAAACAUUAAAGACGUAAAUAAAGAUUUAAGAAAUUAUUGGACUUUUAGGGAUGAGUUAGGUGUGCUAGAUGGUAUAGUAUUGAAAAGUAAUCUCAUUGUAAUACCAGAAUCCUUAAGAACUGAAAUGAUGCAAAAUAUUCACCAAGGUCAUGCUGGGUUAAACACUUGUAAAAUGAGAGCCCGAUCAUGUAUUUUCUGGCCAGAACUAAACAACGACCUGGAACUAUUUGUAAAACAAUGCAAACCUUGUAUGAAGUACCACAUAAAUUUACAAAAGGAGCCAUUAAUUCAUCACAGCAUAGAACAGAUUCCUUGGUACAAGGUUGGCAUUGAUAUUUGUACCCUGAAUAAUAAAGAUUAUCUGGUAUUCAUGGAUUAUUAUACUAAAUUCAUUGAAGUAUGUAAACUAGAUAAUUUGACAAGUGAUUGUGUAAUAGUGAACUGCAAAUCUAUUUUUGGAAGGCAUGGCAUACCAUCAUUUGUAGUUACAGAUUGUGGUACACAGUUUACGUCAGAGAAAUUUAAAGAAUUUGCUUUUUAUUAUAAAUUUGAGCACAUAAAAUCAAGCCCAAAGCAUUCUCAAUCAAAUGGGUUAAGUGAAAGUGGUGUAAAAAUAUUUAAAAAUAUUCUAAGAAAAUGUAAUGAGGAUGGCUCAGAUCCAUACCUUGGUUUGUUAAAUUAUAGAAAUACACCUAAACCUUAUAUGCCAUCGCCUGCACAAUUAUUGUACUCUAGAAACUUAAAUUCACUCAUACCAGUACCUAGAAGCACACUUAAGCCUAAAUUGUUUUAUUGUGACAGUAAAUAUUAUAACCAUUUAAACUCUGUAAAAAAGAAUUAUGACAAAUGUGCAAAAGAAUUACCCCAAUUAAAACUUCACCAAGAGGUAUAUUUCAAGAAAACAUUAGAUUCAAAUUGGCAAAAAGGAAAAAUUAUAAAAAAUUGUACUGAGCCCCGUUCUUAUUUAGUAGCUGAUAGUGAAGGAAAAAUAUACCGAAGAAACAGAAAAUAUAUUUUAGAAAGAGCGCCAGACAGUUCACCUGAUACAAAAAACAAUUGUAGAACAACUAAAGUAAAAAAUCAUAAUUUUGCUGUAGAUGAUAUACCUGAUAUUGUAUUAGAUAAUAGCAUGUGUCAGCCUUCAGCUAAAUAUGUUAUACAAGAGCCUAGCUUAGAAAAAAUAGUAUGUGGAAGUAACAUGGCAACCCAGGCGAGUCCAGCAAGAUCACGGGAGAGAAGUAGGUCCUUGGAUAGUUCUACAAAUAAUGCUAAUCUACCUACUCCCAGCAGCAGGACCAGCAGGGGUGGCUUAAAUGAACAAUGUAGUAAUGAUAAAAUAACAAGGAGUGGACGAGUAGUUACGAAACCCACUAGAUUUAAGGAUUUUGUUGAUAUUGGCUAAAUGUAUUACAUAAUAGAUAAAGGGGAGUUGUACUUUAAAAGGGGGGGAUGUUUAUAGGACUGGAAACACAGAUGAAAAUGUAACGUAAAAGAUGGACGCUGAAGAAAAUUAAAAUGAGUGAUUUAAGUAUUCAA